UCAGUGCCCAUCCACCGCCACAUUGCUUUGAUUCGUCUUCUUCUUUCGUGAUUCUCAGGUGAAACCGACCCUUUUUGUACCAGUUUGGUUAUUUUUGUAGCUAAUUGUUGUUAAGGAUGCUGUUGACGCUGUUUGUAGAAUUUACUUCGCUUGUUGAGUAACGAAAGGAACGGUAGCUUUAAUGUUUUCACGGAACAGCAGUCGGUUUCGGUCGGUGUUUUUUUUAAUCAGAUCUUACGUCAGACGAAAUAUUAAGUGAACUACAUUUAAAAAAAAGCAAUUUUCCCCUUUUAACGACAGAGAUCCAAGUGUAAAAGUUGGGCGUUAUGUGUUUUUUGCGGCCAAUUGUUUCUCAGUUAUGUUACCAAACCUUUCAUUUGAUCGCUUUGUUGCUGCCAAAUGUUAUUUAAUUUAUUAGUUUGAUGAUGGAAAUGUGGUCUAUCUACCUUGCGUUCUUUUUGUUUUUUAAUGUCUCAAGAUGGCCGUCGUGACGUAGUGUCUUCACUGCUAUUGGUUGAGCUAUUGGUUGCGUUGAAAGACUUACUGGCGCACAUUAGCAAAAUGGCGGCCUCUCUGUCAAGGUCAGUAGCUUUUCUAGAGUGUAGAAUUGUUGUACUUGUUAGCAGUUUGACAUGAACAGAGCUGGUGACUAGAACCAAACGGUGGCUAAUUUUGUCACGCUACGUAAGCAGUGGCCAACCUGGUAAUGGUUGAACUGUGCUGAUGGCCCACAAGGCAAAUAAGACGAAAACAAAUGAAGCAUUCAGCCUUCUGGCUGACUCACUGUAGCUAAAUUGCUAUUAGCUGAAUAUAAUUUGUUGCCAUAUAGCCUUUUUUUGGCAAACAUUUUUACACUGCACUGGCGGAAUGUUGUGCCUUUUGCAAAUGAAUGGAAACAAUCUGGCUGCCAUCAACUGGCAAUGUAGCUAUACUACAGUGGCAUUGCAGGCGUAUUUUGGUCAAAGUAUGUUUUUGUCUUUGUUGAUGUAACCGCAACUUGCCACACGAGCAAAGAAACAGAUGAGUUAUCCUAUCAACUGAUUUUUUUUUUAUUUUAAAUUUUUUUUAUACCACUUUUGGAAAAUGGACUGAGUUAUUGGGAGGAAUGGACUUAGUGGUAGAUGAAGAAUGGACUUAGUCAUUAGAGGAAGAUCACAGGAUCAGCGACGCGGGGAUGACCAGGAGGGAGCCAGCCAGGCAGGACAGGACCAGAACGUGUGGUGGGACCAGAGUGCGCCAGGCAGGACAGGACCAGAUCGUGUGGUGGGACCAGAGGGCGCCAGACAGGACAGGACCAGAUCGUGUGGUGGGACCAGAGGGCGCCAGGCAGGACAGGACCAGAUGGUGUGGUGGGACCAGAGAGCGAAGGGAAGAGCAGAGGGGUCCAAAAGAUGGAGCCAGAGGCAGGGUAGCGGCGUUCAGAGUCCAUCGUUGGCAAGCCGGCCGGUGCCCAGAGGGUGGGACGGGGAGCAAGCGCUUCAUAUUAAUCCCAAAGGCGUUGGUUUGUAUAAAGGUGGAGGUAUCUGUAAAGGGGCCUGUUAAAUCAAAUUAAUUGUACUUCAACUUUUCUUCUGUAGGACACAAUGUCUCGCACAGAUCUCUCUUCCCUUUUCCAGGCUAUCUGUAAAGCGUGUCGUACCUUGAUCACCCUUCCUGUUGUACGCUGAUUCAUGUGAUGGUGGUGUCCGCUGUAACGACUGCCUCGGUAGUGUGCUGGCGAGAGGAACGUCUUAAUGGAAUUCUCUACCCUGCUGCGAUCACAAGUAGUUCCCCGGCCGGAGGGAGAGGCGGUCCUUUAUUGGCUAGGCCUACUCGAAGUUUGUCUCCAUUUGGGUUUCUUUCAAAUCUCUUGGGUGAAGGGAGGGUGGGAUGGGGGGGUCUUAAUCAGUCUCUUCCUAGACUCCACAGCUCUCAAGGUUCCCUUGGCAAUGGCCUGACUAAGAACAUCCCAACAUCCAAGUGGCCAAUUUGCAUCGCAGGAUAGCAGCCCCAAAAAGUAGUCACCUGGUGUAGCCAGAGCGCAUGCGGAGUGCGGUAAAAGUCUUUGCAAUUCUGUUCAGGCAUUAUGCUGCUUGUGGGUCGGGGAGGGGCUGUGUCUUUGUUGCUUUUGCAGAUUAACUUAUGCCAGCCCUUCGGUAAUCUACGCCAAGUCAACGUCUUCACGUCAGUGCAUAUGGCGGAAAUCCUUGGUGUUCACAAGUGCGGUAUUUAAGUACUACUCAAAGACAAAUAUCUUGAUGCAGUUGUCCCCUUGGAGGACAUGAUAUUCCUGUUGGUUUGCACUGCCUUGUAUUUUGGGCGGGGAGAGGCUUUUUCCUUUGCAUUUUCAGUGUGCGGUGUCCUGUGCGCUUUCCAAUACCUGCGUCCACCCGGAAGUCUCCUAACUCAUUGUAUGUACAUGUUUCCUUGCGCUUGGAGCGUCACGUAAGAUCAUGAAAUGUUUCACUAUUUAACAGUCAUUGUCUUAAACUUCCUUUCAACUAGUUACGUCCCUUGUAUUGACAAUACAAUGCGCCAACUAUUUGUAAACAAUUUUCUAUUUGCAUAAUAAAUGCAUAGCUUGUUGCCAUUGAAUACAGUACUGGUAUGCAUUUGUUAUUGGGGGGGCUUUUUGGGGAGCUUCUCUUGUGCUUUUUCAGGAAUUUAAGCUUGGAGCUUUGUAGAGCACGGAUGUGACCCGGCCUCCUUGAUCUUUCAAAGUGGAAAUUGAAGGCAGAUAAGUGGAAUCCAUCAAAUAUCGAUGUUGUUGAAGCAGCAUAUUCCUUAAAGCUCCCAAUGGGAUGGGUUCAACGGGCUGAACUGCCCCAUCUUAAAAGCUAGACUUGACUGACGUAGCGCUAGCAUAGCACUGCCUGAGCUACGGGAACAUUUGAUGGACGUUGCUUGUGGUAUCUGCAGUAAAGCAUGUGGGUAAGGCUAACAGUAGUCAGUUCUAUGAUCUUGUGGGAUUGUAGGGGUUGUCUUGUCUACCUCUGAUUUCUACAGAGCAGUCCGACGGAGGAAACGAAAUAUUCCCAUGACAACAUGAGACACACGCAGCCCUUUGAAAUCAACCAUCUGUUUGGCUCGGGAAUCAGGUUUAAAUGACUCCGAAGAACAUUUAGUCCUCGGCUACGUGCCCUUGUGCAACUGUGCAGGUGGCAGGUGUAUGGUGAAAUGCAACGACCACGCAACUGUGUGACGUUCCAAAAUGUAGUAGCUGAGGAAGGCUGUGCAUUGUGCAGCUUGAAUUGGUUUGGCAACGCAAAUGUGUUGCUGGUUGUGGUUGUUGGUAUCCCUGCAACUUCUCUUUACAGAGCUCAGACUUUCAGGCUGGUUGAUGCAGCAGUGAGGUCGUCUAAUCCGGACAUUGUAGUAAGAUGUUGACCUCAUUUGCCAGCAAAAUGACCUUGGAACUGGCUUAAUGUUAACCUCCAAUCAACAAUGCUUUACUAGAGAAUUCCUCUUUGGCCAACUUUGCAUCUUAAAGCGUAAGAUGAGUGUCUGUGCUGGGUGUGUUGUGUAGAUCACUCUGUUUCAGAUGGUUAUCGUCUGUCCACUCCGAUCUCACCGCCUCUGAAUGCAAAGCCGUCUGUGGAAGCUGCCGGCCAAUAUGUGUAGCCCCUGAAUGAUGUUCCGACCCUCUGUGCGCUUGUGCUUGAACCCGACGUCCUUCGCGGAAGCCCUGCUCCUUUCUGUCUGCGUGCGUGUGUAUGUGUGUGCGCCUCUUUCCAUUUUGGUUUCUCAGGUCAAAAAUUCCAAAUUUGAUCACUAAGGCGCCUGGGAUGGGCUAACCUGGGAUGGAACACUUGAGAAUCCAGGCACUAAGAUCACCAGCUGCAAGUUUCUUUCCCCUAAUGCAUCACUUGUGUCGUGGGUGUCAAGUUAAGUCAUUUGGGUUCCCUUAAUUCCAUGCCAUGGCCUAGAGUGUAAACCACAUGCUGCAUGUACAUCAGCUAUGCGUAACAUGACUACCUAAUGUGUAACAAUACACUUGCAAUGCUGUGCUUUUGGGCCGUUUUGUGGGGCGGGGGAACAACAAUCUCUUGUCUUACAGAAUUCUUUCAGCAUAAAUCACUUGAGACGCGCUACUUAACCCUCUGCACCAGUUGUGGAAUGCCUUGAUUCUGCCUGCUUCUAGUUAAAAUUUCUUGGAAGAAUUGAGCUUCAGCGAGGAAGAGUAGCCGGUGAUUAAUUUGCUAUCCACAGUUGGCGGUAAACGACAACCAUAUUCACAUCCUUUUGGACAAGCACUGGUGAACGUUGAUGUGGGGGGAGGGGAGGGGAAGGGGAGGCUCAUUGUUGUCUUUUUUUUCUCCCCCCUUAUUACAGCCAAUUUGAGGCCAGAGUCCUGCCAAAUAUCACACUUGAGGAAACGGGCAUCACCAAGAUGCUGGUAUCAGGUUUAUCGAAUGGAUAUGGAGUCUAUACAGUGUCGCUCUGGGAAUGCUGGGAUGUGGGGCAACCGCGUGUCUUCUAGUUUCAGCCUGGUGUCCAGACUUACCCUUGCAGUGACAAGAUGGCGUAGCGGCCAGGUCGUGUUGGGUUUUCUUUUCCUGGAGGAACAAGCUUCCGGCUUUGUUCCUCCAGGUUUUGCUUUUGCCCGUAAUACAGCAACAACAAAAAGCAAAAGACUCCGGUGGUGGCACUCCCGAUGUGGUCGGGACGGGGUUCAAUUCCCUGCGGUGUCUUGCUUUACCAAAGUGCUGUGGGGAAAAUCUAUUUGACGUUGAAAUAUUGCUAAUCUGGUCACUAUUUGCUUUUAGUUGUGCGUGGAUUCAGGAUGGCUAAAGCUGUCAUUGCUCAGCUUUGGAGCAUAUGACACCAUUUAAAAUGUUUACUUUCAUGUCUAAAAUCAAACUGCAACAUUCAAAUGUCAGCUAUUAGAAAAUACACGAGUCAAAUAUCCAGAAACGUUUCACUAUAAUAAGGUUGAGAAACUAUAUAUAAAAUGGAAAAUACAAUGGAUAAGGAUAAUAAUGACAAAGUUGAAAUGGUUAAAACAUUGUAUCCUUGCGAAAAAGUCAUGUUAGUAGCACAGACUCCUUACAGAGUAGCUCCACACAUCACCCAUACAGCGUUCCACAUCUUCCACCUGCCAGUUUGAAUUUAGUCCACCCAUGGCAUGCCCACUCUGCUGUGAUUGGUCCCACUCGCUUGUAGCCGGGCAUGCCCAUAUGAGAGUCCCCUGAAUGGAGCCAGUGACCUCACAAGGGUCACUGUGACGUCACGGUAAGCCAGGGUUUAGAACCAUCCCAAACUUCUUUCAGGGCUCACUUCCAAUGCCCAAACCUCAUUAUCUCAAACUUGACCUUUUAUACAACCAUGGCACUGUUUAAACACCGGAAUACCACAUUCCAACUCCAUUGAUACAACCAUGGAACAGUUUAAACACUGGAAUACUACAUUCCAACUCCAUUGAUACAACCAUGGCACUGUUUAAACACUGGAAUACCACAUUCCAACUCCAUUGAUACAACCAUGGCACGGUUUAAACACCGGAAUACCACAUUCCAACUCCAUUGAUACAACCUUGGCACGUUUAAAGCCACAUUACAAAAAGAAAAUUACAAAUCUAUCUUAAAACAACAAAGUUAAUCCUAAGACUUUGUCACCUACCAUAUAUGACAAAGCUGAGAUGCACUUUUUUUCUUCAGACAUGACUUCCUAGCAAAUGUACACAAUUGAAGUGGCAAAGUUGCAUGCUUUCAUUUUUCACUAUGCUGGGAAAACGUUGGGACACCACUGAGCUAAAUGAUGGCCGACAGUUGAGGCUGCUCAAAUUUGAUGUCAACCAACUCUUGAAAUCUGCUGUAUAAAAGAUAACUUGAAUGUACUACGUGAUGUGUAUGCAUGCACUUGUCGAUUGUUGUAAUAAAACUAUGAUACGACAUGAAUUGUAUAUGUUAAAUGGUAGCUGCACCUUAGUCUAACCCACGAUGAGUAAUUUCAAAUAUUGUUAUAAGCAGCUCACAUGAAUAGGAUUCUAUUUAGUUGUUGCUUUGGUGGUCCAGAAUAAGUACUGAACAGUGAUGCUCGAUUAUCAUUCAAAUGUGUAGGGUAGGUAAUGUAGGCCAUGAUGGUAAGCUAAGCGAAGCUAGCUAAGCAAAUUCCUCACAUCGCCACACUGUUGGUCCUGUAUAGUCUAUUGAAACAGUCAAUCCAGGCGACUGGCCAUUACCAAUGUGGUGCCCGUCUUGGAACUUGGAUAAUAACAUUUCAUAUAUUUUCCUGUAUGAUUUUGAAUGUUUUAUGUGGCUUAGCGUGGCGCUUCUGUGAGCAACCCCCCUCAAAUUUCCACGGAACUAAUAUGCAGUGACGUGGUUUCUGUCCGGAAUCAUUUCCGUCCUGUCCAAGCUCGCCGUUCUGUGUUGAGCUGGUUGUGACUAUGUGUGUUUGCUGAGGUGGAAAGAGGCGAUGUGGUCUUUUUUUGCCAGGGAUCCUGUUAAAGACUUUGCUUAUGAAAUUCUUCCAGACAACCUGGAGAAGUCUGGAAUAUGGUCGCUCCAUCGGGGGAAACGAAAGUCCAAUGGAGAGCCGGUGUCGGUGUUUGUCUACGAGGCGGCCCAGGGAUCCGAGCAGCAGACCCAGUUGGCCAAGGCCGCCUUCAAGCGGAUGAAGACCCUUCGCCAUCCCAACAUCCUGGCGUAUGUUGACGGCUUGGAGACCGAGAAGAGCCUGUACCUGGUAACUGAGCCGGUGACUCCCCUGGCCGUUCACCUGAAGGACGGCCCCGGUGAGCUGGAGGUCUCUUGGGGUCUGCAUCAGAUAGUGAAAGCUCUGAGUUUCCUGGUGAACGAUUGCCACCUGCUCCACAACAACCUGUGCCUGUGUGCCGUCUUUGUUGAUCGAGCUGGAGAGUGGAAGCUCGGGGCUCUGGACCACGUCACCCCAGAGCAGGGUGAUCCGAGCGGGGCCUCGCUCCCGACCCCCAAGGCCGUUUACCCAGACAUGGAGAAGUACGAGCCCCCAGAGGGUCAGAGCCGCAGUGGAGAGACAUGGGCGGGGGAGGUGUGGCGGUUAGGCUGUCUGGUGUGGGAAGUGUUCAACGGGCCCCUCAAUAGCACGUCUUCUCUUCGCUCACUGGGGAAGAUCCCCAAGGCCCUGAUCCCUCACUACUGCGAGCUGGUGGGGGCCAACCCUCGGGCUCGGCCCAAUCCGGCGCGCUUCCUCCAAAACUGCAGGAGCCCCGGAGGCUUCCUCAGCAACAGCUUUGUGGAGAGCAAUCUCUUCCUGGAGGAGAUCCAGAUCAAGGAAGCGGCUGAGAAGCAGCAGUUCUUCCAGGACCUUAGCGACAAUCUGGACUCCUUCCCAGAGGACUUCUGUAAGCACAAGGUCCUCCCUCAGCUGCUCACCGCCUUCGAGUUUGGGAAUGCCGGCGCUGUCGUCCUCACACCGCUUUUCAAGGUGGGCAAGUUCCUGUGUGCAGAGGAAUACCAGCAGAAGAUCAUCCCGGUCAUCGUCAAGAUGUUUUCCUCCACAGACCGGGCCAUGAGGAUCCGACUGCUCCAACAGAUGGAGCAGUUCAUUCAGUACCUCAGUGAUGCAGCGGUCAAUUCCCAGAUCUUCCCUCAUGUUGUCCACGGCUUCACUGACACCAACCCUGCCAUCAGGGAACAGACUGUCAAGUCCAUGUUGCUGCUGGCUCCCAAACUCAACCAGAGCAACUUGAACCAGGAUCUGAUGCGCCACUUUGCCAGACUGCAGGCCAGGGACGAGCAGGGCCCCAUCCGAUGCAACACCACCGUCUGCCUGGGCAAGAUCGCCUCCUACCUCAACGCCGGGACAAGACAGCGAGUUCUGAUUUCUGCCUUCUCACGAGCAACAAAAGACCCCUUUGCGGCGUCGCGCUCCGCUGGCGUGCUGGGCUUCGCCGCCACACACAACUACUACAGCCUGGCCGAGGUCGCCGCUCGUAUUUUGCCCACGCUGUGUGCCGUUACCGUGGACCCUGACAAGAGCGUGAGGGAGCAGGCUUUCAAAGCCAUCAGGAGUUUUCUCUCCAAGCUGGAAACUGUGUCUGAAGAUCCAACCAAGCUGUCUGAGAUAGAAAAGGAUGUUGGUGCGUGUGCCCAGCCUGCCGGUACGUCUUCCGGCUGGACCGGCUGGGCUGUGACUGGGAUGUCCUCGCUGACGUCCAAGUUGAUCCGCAACGCACCAGGGACAGAAGAUGGCGGGACUUCCGAUGCCGGCGGCGGCGCCAAUCCGGCUAUCACUUCUGGAGAUAAAAACCUGCACGACCCCGUGACCAGCAGUGCUGCCUCAAGCUCAGUGGACCAAUCACAGACGCUCCAUGUUGCCGCCAAUGAGGAGGAGCCAGGAGAGCGCUGGGAUGACGAGGAGGACUGGGGGAGUUUAGAGCAAAGUGAGAAGGAGGAUUGGAAGUGCGACUGGUCAGCAGAGACAUCCAGGAAGAGCGGCAGCCUUGGAGAAGCGGGCCUGUCGGGAGAGAAGCAGAGUUCGGACUGGAGCAGCUCCGGCUGGGACGCAGAUGACAGCCGGUCCAACGAGAAGGAAGGCCAAGGCCGGAGUUGGGCCGGCGAGGAGGGCUGGGGCGACGACUGGGCCGAGGAGGAGACGGCCAUCCCUUUGCCCAAAGGGGUGCGCCUGGCCAGCGAGUACAACUGGGACGGCGGCAGUGGGAGCAAAGCAGCCAAUCACAACGACCCGUUUGCUUCUGUGGCACAGAGAAACACCACGCUGAGGAUGGAGCAGCCCGGAGAGGGCUGGGGUGCGGAGGCCACCGGAGACUGGGCCACCGAGGACACGUGGGAGUCGGUGGAUGGAAGUCAGGGUCCCAGCAGGGCCGAGCUCUCCAAGAAGAAACGAGAGGAGAGGAGGAAAGAGCUGGAGGCCAAACGGGCGGAGCGCAAAGCCACCAAAGGUCCCCUCAAGCUGGGUGCACGCAAACUGGACUGAGUGGGUGAGGAGAGUUUUGUGACAGUGGCAUCGGCUCGCCUCUUCUCCUUGAAGUUGUCACGCGCCCGGACAUGCCAGCCCCCCCGGCCUGCCCGUGGUGUCCAGCUGUUUGGGAGGAACGCCGGAGUGUUUGAUAUUGGACUUCACGCAGUCCUUGCAUCCUUUGCGUGGUCUGCCUUGGUUCCGCUUUCCCGAAGUCAACUGGCCAUUCAUCCAUCCGGAUCACGUGGCCAACCCAUGGAAGCCUGGAAGCCGGCCUUUCAGUAACAUGGCCUUGAUGCUAGUUCCCGGUCCGUGUCUCGCAUCCAUAGACGGAGGAGCGGGGGAGGGCGACAGCUCUAUCCGCCCUGAGCUAUGUGGGUAGCUGGGUGUCGUGCUGGACAGGCCUUGGUGAGCUCCACCAACAUUAUACAGAAGUCCAUAUUUUGCUCUAUGCAUUUCUCAUGCACUUGCCGAAUGGAGAAGAUAUCUCCACAGUUCUGCGCUUGGAGCAAAAUCCACAGUUUUCACACUAAAUCACAUUGAGUCCACAUUUAGCCUUUUCAACUUGGGUGAAUUUCACUUGAAUGCUUCUUCACAAUAAACUGCUUUUGUCUCUCUUGCAUUUUGGAUGUCUGCCUGAGAUUUGCAUUCUUUGGAUGAGUGUAUUGUGUAGUACAAUGUGGGGCAUGUACUCACCCGUGCUAUGUAUACUGUACACAGCCCACGGAUGGCCGUCGGCAUGGAUGCAUGUCAAUAAAGACCUCCACCAAGAGAUCAUACAGUUGCUUUAAUUCCAGUCACAUAUAAAAGGUGUCAGGUUGGAAUAGAUCUCUAAGUUCUAUGAAACGACUAAUUGUGGACUAAUACUAUUGCUGUGGUGUGCAGCAGUACUUUCCUCUCAAACAUAAUGUAGUAUCAGCAUACUUGGUGUCCUCUGCUUUGUGUCGGGCUUUGCUGCUCAAUGCUUAAAUUUGGAAAUAAAUAGCAAAGCAAUACCAUAUGAUACCAAGACGCCAUCACGUUUUUACACUGACUUGUUUCACUUUAGAUGGACGAGUAGUUGCUGCACCGCUUGUGUCCCUGUUGGUUAGUCUCUGGCAGACCUUUGGCACUUAGCAUUUAGCUACAGCUAGCAUGUUUUAUGUUUAUGAUGGCUUCCUCAUCAUGUGGUAUUUAGCUACAGCUAGCAUGUUUUAUGUUUAUGAUGGCUUCCUCAUCAUGUGGUAU